AUUGUAUUUCCCAUAAUGCACUGCGGAGGAAAACUAAAGAAUCGGUUCAGAGUUCAUGGUACAAGGACUAUUCAUUCCUGAAAGUUUUCACGGCUGGAAGAAGACACGUACAAGCAUGGCAGAGCCACAGAGACAAGGAGAGGUGCUGCCUGAAGACGUGGGUUCAGACGACUGCCUGACUUCAUACACACACAUCUACAGCCCAGAUUUACUCAAGGAUCGGGUUGCUUUUAUUACAGGCGGAGGCUCUGGAAUUGGAUUCAGAAUAGCUGAAGUAUUCAUGAGGCAUGGCUGUGACACCGUGAACUUAGAUAAGCUCAAAGAGGCAGCCAAAAAGCUGUCUGCUGCAUCAGGACGCCGCUGUCUGCCCCUGUCUGUUGAUGUGAGGCAGCCUGAGAGCAUCGUAGCAGCUGUGGAGGAGACACUAAGAGAGUUUGGCCGUAUUGACGUCCUCAUUAACAAUGCAGCUGGGAAUUUUCUGUGUCCAGCCACUUCACUUUCCUUCAAUGCCUUCAAAACUGUGAUGGAGAUAGACACCAUGGGAACAUUCAACACCAGCAAAGUGGUUUAUGAGAAAUGGUUUAAGGAUCAUGGUGGAAACAUAGUCAACAUCUCUGCAACACUUGGAUACAGGGGACAGGGUCUACAGGUGCACGCUGGCUCUGCUAAGGCUGCUAAUGAUGCUAUGACCAAGCACCUGGCUGUGGAGUGGGGGCCAAGUGGGGUCAGGGUCAAUGCUGUGGCUCCAGGACCCAUUUCUGGCACAGAGGGAUUCCGUAGACUGGGUGGCCCAAGGGGAGAGUCAGCCGGUCACUUCAGCUCCAUUCCUCUCCAGCGAGCUGAGACAGAGAUGGCUCCCUGCACGCUCUCCCUGGCCAGCUGUGUGUCUUCAUAUGUGACUGGAGCCAUUUUAGUAGCAGAUGGCGGAGCAUGGUUGACCUCAGCCAAUGACGUCUCCAUGCUGUUGGGUUAUUGGUCAUCGGAGAAGAGAGGAGACAAGUAGAAGCAGGAGAACAAAAAGAGUAAUUCAGUAAUUCAUGCACCCCAGUGAUCCUUUCUGUACAUUUGUAACACGGAACAAAUACAUUUUGAUAAUAUAAAUAAAACAGCAACACACAAAA